ACUAGUAUAUAAAUCGCGCAACCUCCCCAAACGCCGUGGCUGAGAGCAGUAACCCAACCGCAAGAAAAUGGACAGGAAGGUAUCUUACUUUUCCGGCCUUUUGAAUCACCUUCCCUACGCUUGAAUCGACCUUCUUCUUUGCAAAUUUUCUGUCCCGCUCGUCCUCCCGUAUGGACGUGGAAAACAAUGACCCCAUCAAACCGGUGCAGUCGGUCGACCAAAGCGUUCAAGAUGCCCACGAUCUCGCGGCCAUGGGCCACGACCAGGCCCUCACUCGCAAAUUCGACACGUGGAGCAUGUUAGCUCUGGCGUUCUGCGUUCUCGGGACCUACUCCACCUUCGCACAGGACCUCAGCUCGGGUCUCGAAAAUGGCGGGCCCAUCACCAUCCUGUGGGGUCUCGUGCUCGUGGCCAUCUGCAAUCUCUGCGUCGCCCUCUCCCUCGGUGAGCUGGCCAGCAGCAUGCCGACCGCGCUGGGCCAGGCAUACUGGGUGUUCCGGCUGUGGAACUCCCCCUCGGGACGCUUCUGCUCGUACAUGUGCGCCUGGAUCAACACCUUUGGCUGGUGGACCCUGACGGCCUCCCAGGUCGCCUUCAUGACCGAGUUCCUGCUGGGCAUGAAGAACAUGUUCCAGCCCAGCUGGACCGGGUCGGCGACGGGCUGGCUGGAGUUCGUCGUCUACAUCGGCGUGGUGGUGCUGCUGACGGUCAUCAACGUGGUCAGCUGCCGACGCGAGCGCAUCCUGCCCUGGAUCAACAACUUCGUCGGUGUCUGGUUCACGGGUCUGUUCGUGGUGCUGUCGCUGGCGCUGCUGAUCUCGGUCGGCACCAAGGCCGACCUGUCCUUCCAGCCCGGCGCGUUCGUCUUCGGCCGCUGGAUGAACCAGACAGGCUGGAGCGACGGCGUCGUCUGGUUCACGGGGCUCGUCCAAGCCGCGUACGGACUGACCGCGUUCGACGCCGUCAUUCACAUGAUCGAGGAGAUCCCCGCACCGCGCCGCAACGCGCCGCGCGUCAUCUGGAUGGCGGUGCUCCUGGGCGCCGUGACAGGGUUCAUAUUCAUGAUCGUGUGUCUGUUCUGCGUGCAGAGCAUCGACAACGUCCUCGACUCGCCCAGCGGGCUACCCUUCAUCGAGCUCAUGCUCGAGACGGUCGGCCUCAACGGCGGCGCCACGCUCAUCGCGCUCUUCAUCUUCAACGGCCUCGGCCAAGGCAUCAGCAUCCUCACGACCGCCUCCCGACUGACGUGGGGUUUCGCCCGCGACGGCGGCCUGCCCUGGAGCCGGUACCUGACGCACGUCGACCCCGUGUGGAAGGUUCCCGCGCGGGCGCUCUGGUUCCAGGGGGUGCUGAUCGGACUGGUGGGGGUACUCUACCUGUUCGCCAACACGGUGCUGGACGCGAUCCUCAGCGUCAGCACGAUCGCGCUGACCGUCUCGUACGGGCUGCCGAUCGCGGCGCUGCUGGUUGUCGGGCGCGACCGGCUGCCGCCGGGGCCGUUCCGGCUGGGUCGGUGGGGCCCGCUGAUGAACUGGGUCGGUGUCAUCUACUGCGCCAUCACGACGGUCUUUUUCUUCUUCCCGGGGUCGCCGUCCCCCGCGCCCAGCGACAUGAACUGGGCGAUCGCCGUGUUCGGGGUUAUGCUGGUCGUUGCUGUCGGAUUCUGGUUCAUCCAGGGCCGCAAGACGUAUCUCCGCACGGAAGACGCCCUGGCGCAGAUGAUCGUCGCGCAGCGUUUGGAGAACGAGGGGUGGGAGGGGGAUGUUGGGGGAAAUGUCGGGGGGAAGAAGGCGGAUGGACCACAUUCAUAGGAUGGGCAUGGAUAGGAUGGGCCCUGGGGUUAUCUUUGGUGUAUCUUGAAAUGGAAAUAACCAGACAAUCCACUCGGACUAUACAGUCAUACAUUCCCGGCGCGCCGUGGUAGAAGUCCCAAGGGAUGGGAGAAAUGUCCUGUGUAGAAAGGGUAUUUCCAGCUGUAGCCAUAGAUCCACGGCGCAAGCUAGCUCGCAAUAACACCAGUCAAGAGACAGGAGUAGCAUAAUCCCUCGACUGCACAAUUAAUCGAUCGAUCCAUUCCUUCGUUCAGUCUGUAGAAUAGUGGAACGCCAGCAUAUCAGCCGACUUGCAGAGUCUUUCCCCACAGAUCGCUCGUGGGCUCCACUUGCAAACUUGCCACUAUUCACAAAUUUUGCAUAGUC